UAUCGUUUAAUGGCAACAAAAAGGUUGACCCGAUGUUGAUCUCUCCCGAGGGCGCGGCAUAAGAGGUUCAGAGAAGAAGAGCGUGGAGGGAGGAAGAAGAGAGGAGAUGGAGGAGGCGAAUGGGGUGGUGAAGCACGUGCUCCUGGCCAAGUUCAAAGACGACAUCUCACCGGAGCAGGUGGAGAAGCUCAUCAAGGGCUACGCCAACCUCGUUUCCCUCGUCCAACCCAUGAAAGCCUUCCACUGGGGAAAGGACGUGAGCAUAGAGAAUAUGCAUCAAGGAUUCACUCAUGUGUUUGAAUCAACUUUUGAAAGUGUGGAAGGCAUAGCCGAAUAUAUUGCACAUCCUGCUCAUGUUGAAUUUGCUGAUGAGUUCUUGCCUGCACUAGAGAAGGUCAUUGUUAUUGAUUACAAGCCGACCAUAGUCACUCAAUGAUGGGAGCAUCCAGGUCCUUGAGUCCUGGGUAUAUAUGCUCAGCUUGUUAAAAACUUGUACUUGAUGUGACGUGCAAUGAUUCUAUGCACCGUGCAAAUCUUAAAUUCUACUGUAUUUCAUGUUGAUGUCUGGUUUCAUCUCCAAGCUAAAUUUGGUGUCUCGCACCAUAUUUCAACUAAAUGUUUCUAAACCAAG